GGAUCUAGUCGAUAGUUGUGGGUUGUAGGCAAGUGCAGCUAGCGAAGCGUAGAAUCAGUUGAAGAAGUGCGCACCAUUUCUUCUAGGAUUUUCCAAUAGCUCCAGCGUGUGUGUGUGUGUGACAAAAGCGAAAGGAUGGGCCAUCUGAGUACCGUUGCGGUGGUCGCCUUGGUGGGCCUGCUGGCUGGAUGUCGUGCGGCUCCGACCGCCAUCCUGCAGCCUGCGACGCAGUACUAUCUGCUGCAGCCCCAGCCAGCCACGCUCAAGAUUCAGCCACAUCUCAUCCAACCGAUCCAGCAGCUGAAGCUGGAACCGAAGCAGUACGUCUACUACUACCCAUCGCUGCCAUUGACUACGACCACCCACACCACGCAUCAGUACACCGAGGGCAAACCCAUCCGGUUGGUGACCCUUAAGCAAGAUGAGGGCAACUGGUGGUCGUCAGUGUUUUCCUUCCUACAGCCUCCCAUGACCGAGGCGCCUCCAACAGACUCCGAAACGACGGAAGCACCCGCACCUGAAGCUCCGGCUAGCAACGCGCCCGAGAAGCAGCUUAUGUUCAUGGCUCCGGCUGCUGAGGCAGAAAAGAGUGCUUCAGACACACCGGCCGCGACCGCUGCUCUGCCGCAGCCUCAGCGCUACUACAUCUUGAGUGGAACGCCCCAGUUCUAUGGCAACUUUGACGCACUGCAGAACCCUCUCAGCCCGGUGUUCAGUCUGCAGCCGUUGCAGGCGAUCCACGCGCGUGCCGGUUCCGCUGACAUUCAGGCUGAGGAUGGACUACAGCCCAAGUUCCAGGCUCAGAUCGUAUCUUCGCUCGCCCCGAUCGCACCCGUCCCGGCCGCUGUUCCGGCGCAGCUUAAGAACGAUCUGUUGGAGUCCCACCAGGAUAAGGAGCAGACGAUCGAUCGUGCAUGGGCGCGAUCGCUCGAUGAUGAACCGCAGCCAGAGCAGCAGCAGCAGCAAAACCACCACCAGCUGAUGGUGAUGAUGGCUGAUGAUGAGGAACAACCGGCCGUUGUUGUGCAGGGUCGCUCGAAGAUCGUCGAGGAUGAGGAAACCGCACCCCAGGUGCAGCCGAUCGUCGAUGAGGAGCAACCGGGCAAGCAGGAUGAAGCCGUACAGCGCAGCGUGAACGAUCCGGCCAUCGCCGCCGUCAAACCCUCCGGUAUAGCCCUGGCCGGGCGUGGUGGUGUGGCCGCGUCAGCCCCCACCGGAACGGCCAUUGUCGGUAAGAAUGGUCUAGCGUUGGCUUCACCGUCGGCCACUUCCGUUGCAGGUAACUUCUUCGACGAGGAGGACGAGGAGAAGAAGAAGCCACUGUAAGCCCCGACUGCUGGUUGCGUAAUGCGGAAGGAAAGAGAGCGAACGAGCCUUCGAGGCGCGUUCGGAAUCAGGAUAUGUCUGUAUACGUCACAUACACGCACUGCCCCGAGAGCGAGUCCUUAAUUUUCCCCAUUGACUUUCGGCCACUGCGGACAGCUCGUCCCGUGCUCAAAAACGUGAUACUCUGCCACCCCGUGGACUCUCUAGGAUAGCGUUAGCCUUAGGACACUCACACCUACAACACACAUACAUACAUUCUCGGAGCUCGAAAGGACGACCCAAGACAAGCGGACUGAAACGAAACCCCACCUUAAAGGAGCUGGGGAUGGGUUGGGAUUUGAUUGCGAACUCAUUCUCAUCGAUCAUCACUCAUCAUUCACCAUCAUCCUGCGAGGAUCGUGCUCGAUCGUGCACGAUUCGCCGCACUCAUCA